ACUUUAUUAUUGAUAAAGUUAGGAUUAAUAGCAAUUAUGCUUAACUACUUUUCAUUAUGUGUACCAAAGAUUCGGUAACAAUGCAUAUAGCUCGUCUGUGUCAGAUAUUACGGUAAAAUACCAAAAGCAGGAAGUCGAUUUGAAAAAGCGCGUUCUUUUUUUCCUGACAGAUACAGGGGAUGACAACUACUGCCAAAAUGACAGAGAACGGUGCACAAUUGUUUGCUAGGUUGGAGGGGAGACGGUCAUUGAGGGACAUUGAACCUCACAUCUUUCCUGAUGGUGCUGGACCUAUUCAAGGUGACGUAGUGGAGUUCCAUGGCACCGAGGGAAGUGGAAAGACUGAGACCAUGUACCAUCUGGUGACCCACUGCAUCCUCCCAGCCGACCGGGGGGGCCUGGAAGUGGAAGUCAUGUACGUGGACACCGACUACCACUUUGACAUGCUGAGGCUGGUGACAGUACUGGAGCAGCGCCUGGGGGAGGACGCAAAAGGAGAGGAUAGUGGGGCGGCGGUAGAGCCUGAGGAGAGGGUGCGAGCCUGCCUAGGCCGACUCUUCGUGGUUCACUGCUCCAGCUCAGUCCAGCUGCUUCUCACACUGCACUAUCUGGAGAAUACCUUCUGCAGCCGGCCCACUCUGUGCCUAUUGGUCAUCGACAGCAUCUCAGCCUUCUAUUGGGUGGACCGAAGUGGGGGAGGGGAGAGCGUGGCAAAGCAGGAAGCCAACCUCAGGAAGUGUUCAGAGCUCCUGGAUCGGCUGCUGCGAGACUACCGUAUAGUGGUGUUCGCCACCACGCACGCCAUCAUGAGGGACUACGGGCACUCGGCUCAGGCUGACUUGGCAGGCAUGACACCUGGGCCCUCUGAGCCAACCUCAUCGUCUUCCUCCUGGAGACAGUGGUCCUCCUCUCGUGCCUCAAACUUUGACAAGGCCUACCUCAGCAGGGCCUGGCAGAGGCUAGUGACACACAGAGUGCUGUUUUCCAAAGGAGAGGUGACCAAGGACAGAAAGCAGGUGUUUUCAGCUGCAUGCACCACCACAAGUACAAGAGGCACUAAAUGCUCAUCUUUUUGUGUUAUGGAAGGGGGUGUUCAGUUUUUAUGAAGAUGUUGUUGAACUCAAUUGAUUGAAUUCUAUUCUGAUUCUGGAUGUGUUAAACUGAUAUUAGAUGCUACAGCAUCUUUUAGUGAUUUUAUUUCUUACAUUUGUUGAAUUAUUUUAAUCCACCAAAUGUGGAUGCUAUUAUGUUUUAUGUUUGUCAUUUGUAAAAUAAUAAAUCAAUACGAAAUAAGUAAGAUAGGGCAACUGUUA